AUGAUGAUGAUGAACCGUGUGAUGUGUGUGUUGGCCGUUGUCCUGUGCUUCGCCUGCGGGUAUACCAUGACGGCUGCUGCUGUUGAAACUGCUUCCCGAGUCAGUACUGUUGUGGAGGUGGACUGUACGAACAUGGAUAAUCCACAUAUACGUCGAAAUGAUAUGAGCGAAGAACGUCCGUGUGUUACUGAGAAAGAUGGUGAAGAAUGCAAGAAAUACAUAGCGCUUUGCAAUUUUCGUCAACAAGAUGUAGCUUCAAAUCGCAAUGAUAACACCGACCGUCUGAAUCAAGAUACUGAAAAUGAUGGAAAAGGUGCAGAAAAUCAAAGGCCAAAUGGAAGUGCUGACGUUGACACUAUAUUGCCAGUCACACCAGGUGAUCAAGAAGCUUCGAAUAGCAAUGGGGGUAACAGUACACCUGUUAACUCUAAUCCUAACCAAGAACCUCCUGCAGCGGAGAGCAGUACCACAAACGAGAAUACAGCUAACCAGCAAUCUCCUCCAGCGGCAGAAGAUGCAACUACACCAUCAGCCCCACAAGAAAAUAGCAAUUCUGAUUCAACGACCACUACUCCGUCAAGUCCCGAGAACACUACCACAGAAGCACCAUCCACCACUCCAACUCCUUCAACCGAUGCAGAGAUCAGCACUAUUGCACCCACCGAGCAGAACAGUGCCAAUGCUGACAGCAGUUUCAGUCCUGUAUGGAUACGCACUGCCGCACCUCUGCUGAUUGUGGCUGCGUUGGUAUUGUAA